GCUAAAGCAUGAUGCCCUGCAAUUUCGAUAGACGAUUUCUCGGGUGCAAGCUGGAUGCGUUUUGGACAAAUGCCGAGAUGCUUCACAGCGAAGGCCGCACAGUUUCCAGAAGCCCUUGUACGCUGCUCGCCGUGGCCUUGGUGUUGCUGCUACUCACUCAGUGCCUAGCAUCAACGCAGCAGCCGCGCCGGCGCCGGCAGCAGCGCCGGCAGCAGCAACAGCUGCCCAGCCGCAGCUCCACACCUUGCUUGGUGUGCGUGCUGCAUGCCCGGCCCUCCGCCACCCCAUCUCAGCCGUACGCCGGCUUUAACUCCAGCCUCCACGGCACGCCACAGCCCCUUGGACGCGCUGUUAACGCUACUGCCGUCGCCGCUGCUGCUGCUGCUGCAGCCACCGCUGCUGCCUCGGCCUUGGCUGGCGGCGGCGCAGCCGGCAGCCGCGGUGCGGGCCGUAGGCUGCCGGGGUCGCGUGGCGGCGGGUUCGUGUACGUGCCCCGCUCCUACCACCCCAGCCGGCCCUCCCCCCUGGCGGUGAUGCUGCACGGCGCGGGCGGCCGGGCGGACCCGCAGUCAGGCAACUGGAGCUUCGGCGGGCUGCGGGCGCUGGAGGAGAGUCGCCUCAUCGUGGUGGUGCCCGAGAGCGCCGGCCGCACCUGGGACGCGGUGCGUGGCGGCGCCUUCGGCCCGGACGUGGCGGGCCUGGACGCGGCGCUGGCGGCGGUGUUUGGCGCCUACGCAGUGGACCCCGGCCGCGUGGCGCUGGCGGGGCACAGUGACGGCGCCUCCUACGCCCUGUCCCUGGGCUUAGGCAACCCGCAGCUGUUCACACACCUAGUCGCCUUCUCGCCCGGAUUCAUGAGGCCACCGCCGGCCGCAGCCGCUUGGCUAGAUGCAGCCGUGGCGGCGGCGGCGGCAGUUGCCGGCACAGCUGCUACUGCCAGCGCUGUGGGCAAUUCCACGACCGCACGCCUGGCGUUGCCGACGCCAGAAGCCGGUGGGUCGACGCCCGGAGCCACGGACGCAGCACAGGCGGCUGCGAAGGCCCAGGCGCAGGCUCAGGAGCGUGUCAUGGCGGAGACCGCGACACUCACAACAGCAAAGCCAUUGGGCGUAUCAGCAGUGGCGCCAGCCAAGGCCGCAGCAGCACUGGAGACGGUUGCGAGGCAGGCGGUGCACUUGCAGGGAGGGGGGCGGCUGCCCCGUGUGUUCGUGGCGCACGGGCGGGGAGGACGAGAUCCUGCCGGUGCGCUGCUCGCACCGCAUCGUGUCGCGGCUGCGGGCUGCGGGCUUGGACGUGGUGUACAAGGAGUUCCACGGCCUGCACGUCCUGACGCGCGACACAGCGGCGACGGGGCUGGAGUUUAUCUUGGAGCCGGCGGCAGUCGCGUGAACGGCAAACAUGGCGACAAUAAAGCGAUGUGUUAGGGGGGCGUUGCCUUCCGGAAGCGGGCGGCAUUUGAGUGAAGGGCGGGUGUGGCCAAGGGUGCGGUGUGGUUUGGACGUGGCUGGGUACCUGGGACGGCGGCAAAGACUGUGGAGGUGGGGGCCUGGCGGCUUCACAACGCGUGCUAAUGCAUGUUACAAUCAAAGUGGCUUCGCGUCGGCGGGGGUCGCGUGCUCAUGCAUGUUACAUUCAAAGGGGCUUCGUGUCGGGAGGGAUAUGAGAAUGCGGAUGUUACAGAGGGGACAGUCCCAGCACCC